AUGGAGCGGUUGAAAUUCGCUUCGAUAUUUUCAAUGUCGGUAGAACCCCAUGACCUCAACAUUCCAAGUGAGUCGUCGUCUUCAUCCUCAACUUGUGUACCAGUUCAUGCCGGCCAUUCAUCACAAACGGAAAUCAAAGUGGAAAAAGUGAAUCAUAGCUGGACAGUGAAGAAUUUCUCUCAUUGCUAUCAAGAAUACUUGGAGAACUUUGUGUAUUUAUCGAGAGGAGAUGAGACGUUGACGUGGUCGAUCAAAAUUUAUCCAAAGGGCAACGGCGAAAACAACAAAGACUUUGUGUUUUUGUGUUUGAAUCGUGUCGUGAAUAGCAAUGCUAAAUCAACGAAGAUCGGCUUCAAAUCGAGGUUCAUGCUUAGGACAGCGGAGCUUAAGGAGAUUGACAUGCGUAUUCAUCCGAACCCCUCACAUUCCGAUUAUGUCUCGUAUAUCAAAAGAGACAUUCUAUUCCCACAAAUACUACCGAGAGACUUGAUUAUUGUGAACGUUGAGAUCGAUGUUGCUGUAGAGACGAUCACUACAACGACUGAACCAAUAAUGAUGCGUAUUCAUCCGAACCCCUCACAUUCCGAUUAUGUCUCGUAUAUCAAAAGAGACAUUCUAUUCCCACAAAUACUACCGAGAGACUUGAUUAUUGUGAACGUUGAGAUCGAUGUUGCUGUAGAGACGAUCACUACAACGACUGAACCAAUAAUGACAUCAAAUUGCGAACAACAACUGGUGGAAGAUUAUCAACGACUGUUCCGCGACGACUUGCUCACGGAUUUCACGAUUCGAGUGGGUGGAAGGGAAAUUCGAGCGCAUCGUGCUAUACUAGCAGCGAGAUCACCGGUGUUUCAAGCAAUGUUGAUGCAUGAAUUGACGAACGAAACGAAGAGUGGUGUGUUGGAAAUCUCUGAUUUGGAUUAUGACGUAGUUUACGAGCUAGUGUACUACAUCUACUGUGGUCGGUGUCAGAAGGAUAUCGGUGAUAUUGCGACAGAUUUGCUCAUCGCUGCUGAUAAGUAUCGAUUAGUGGAACUGAAG